AGUAUCUUCCAAUAUAAUUAUCACUCUACUGAAGCCAUCCACAUCAUUUGGCUUGAAGACAUCGAAGCCACAGACUGAGACAAUCGAAUCAGAGAGGAGCUCCGAUUAUCAGACGCGAACGAAAUGGCAAUAACACUCAACAAUGGAUUCAAGAUGCCGAUAAUCGGUCUCGGUGUUUGGAGAAUGGAAGGGAAAGACAUUAGAGAUCUUAUCAUUAACGCCAUCAAGAUUGGUUACCGCCAUUUUGACUGCGCCGCUGAUUACAAGAAUGAAGCAGAAGUUGGAGAGGCCCUUGCUGAAGCAUUUAAGAGUGGACUUGUCAAGAGGGACGAUCUAUUCAUUACUACUAAGCUCUGGAAUUCAGAUCAUGGACAUGUUGCUGAGGCAUGUAAAGACAGUCUUAAGAAGCUUCAGCUAGAUUAUCUGGAUCUGUACCUUGUUCACUUUCCUGUAGCCACGAGACACACUGGAGUUGGUACAACAGACAGCGCUAUCGGUGAGGAUGGGGUGCUGGACAUAGACACAACUAUUUCACUGGAAACUACCUGGCAUGCUAUGGAAGAUCUGGUUUCCAAGGGAUUAGUUCGCAGCAUAGGGAUCAGCAACUACGACAUCUUUCUAACUAGAGAUUGCUUAGCUUACUCCAAAGUGAAGCCCGCUGUAAAUCAGAUUGAAACACACCCAUAUUUCCAACGUGAUUCUCUUGUCAAAUUCUGUCAGAAGCAUGGAAUCUGCGUUACAGCCCACACCCCUUUAGGAGGUGCUGAUGCCAACGCUGAAUGGUUCGGUACGGUAUCAUGUUUGGAGAAUCAAGUUCUUAAAGGUCUUGCUGAGAAAUACAGAAGGACUGUGGCUCAGGUUGUUCUCCGUUGGGGUAUUCAACGAAACACAGCUAUCAUUCCAAAAACAUCAAAACUCGAGAGAUUAAAGGAGAAUUUCCAAGUUUUUGAUUUUGAGUUGGCCAAAGAGGACAUGGACCUGAUUAACAGCAUAGACAGGAAGUACCGGACCAACCAACCUGCCAAGUUUUGGGGCAUUGAUCUGUAUGCAUAAGGCAGUCGAUCAUUCAUGCAAAAUAUCCGCAAGAAGAAUGUACUCUAUGUUGAGGGGGAGAGAGAGAAACAUCCUUUCAGAAUCAUGAAUCCAAUAGAUCGGAUAGUUCUUGAAGUUCUUAAAAUGAUCCGACUAUCAUGAACCUUCUCUCUUUUUAUUUCUUGUCCAUUUUUAUUAUAUACACUCAAAUGGGAAUAAAACAUUAGCAAAGAACAUUUGUUAUUUGUCAAAA